ACUACCAAAGCAUAGCCUCUCUCUCUCUCUCUCUUUCACGCUCCUCCUCUUCCUUUACUCUUCCCUUCUCUUUCUUCGCUGUCGUCUUUUGCCCUUUAUAAGCACUCGCCCAGUACUAUUGUGCUCAUCUUCAGCUUCGUCUCAAGCGUUGCGCCAACAUUUCCGCUGGGGAUUCUAACCAGAACAUGCAAUUUUGGUGAAAAGAAUCUGAUGGGAAUUUUGGAGUUGAGGUUGUUCCGUUGUUUUACUCUGGUUCUGACUGUGCUAUUUUACGUACCAUUUUCCCAUGGUUACACAUAUGAACAAGAUGUUUAUGCCAUAAAUUACCUUUAUGUUGCGCUGGGCCUCCCUCCGCUUCCUGAAUGGACUUCACUUGGGGGAGACCCCUGCAAUGAUGGCUGGCAAGGAGUUGAGUGCGUCAACUCAAACAUAACGGCAAUAAUACUCAAUGGCGCAAAUUUGGGAGGAGAAUUGGGUGAUCAGUUAGCAAAUUUUACUUCGUUGAUAACAAUGGACCUGAGCAAUAACCAAAUUGGUGGCAGUAUACCAGAGGGCUUACCUAUUACGAUAAGGAAGUUUUUUCUUUCAGACAAUCAGUUAAAAGGAAGCAUCCCGGGCUCACUAUCUGAACUGACACUUUUAUCGGACAUGUCACUGAAUAACAAUCUCUUGUCCGGGGAAUUGCCUGAUGCUUUCCAGACUCUCACUGGACUCAUAAACUUGGAUCUCUCUUAUAACAAUUUGACUGGCAAACUUCCGCCAUCUAUGGAGAGUUUGUCCUCUCUCACUACAUUGCACAUCCAGAAUAAUCAACUAUCUGGCACCCUUGAUGUCUUGCAAGAUCUUCCUCUACAAGAUUUGAAUGUAGAAAAUAAUAUGUUCUCAGGACCAAUCCCAACAAAUCUUUUUAAUAUUCCUAAUUUCAAGAAGGAUGGUAAUCCAUUCAAUACCAGUAUUGCUCCUUCACCACUUCCAACCCCACCAACGACAUUGCCUUUUUAUCAAGCACCUGCUCCUGUAAUCAUGCCUGCCAACUCUUCCGAAGGUCCUACUCAGAAUGAUGGCCUAUCUUUGGAUAAUAACAAAAUUUCAAUAGUAAAAGUUGUUGGAUACGUGGGUGCUGGUGUGAUUAUGCUAAUCAUUUUAGUACUAGUGGUAAUACUUUGUAUAUCAAAGUGGCAACAAAAUAAACGGAACAAUGAAGAAGAUCAUAAACAGCAGGAUAUCAGGAGACAUGGAAGACCAGAGGAGCCUCAGAUAAGUACUGAUUUUAACAGACUCCAUAGAGGAGGAGAAGCAGUUCUUGGAGAGCCAACUAAAAGGCAGGAUUGCAGUUUUAAUAUUCAAGGGACUAGGGCACCUCUGAUGCCACCACUUGUCGAAAAAAAUACUGUGAAACCCAUUGUUACAGAUGAAAGGAAUCCGACUGUAAUUCUGAAUCCUCCAACUUCUCUAGCUUCUUUUUCUGUUUCUUCACUUCAACAAUUCACAAACAGUUUUAGUGAGGAGAACUUGAUUCGAGAUGGUAGAUUUGGCCAAGUAUAUCUAGCAGAAUUCCCACAGGGCAAGCAAUUUGCAGUUUUGAAGCUUGACAAUAAGAAUUCAAAUCUUCCAGUCGAUGAAUUUUUGAAGUUAAUUAAGAGCAUCUCAGAGAUUCGACAUCCAAAUAUCGUUGAGCUUGUUGGUUACUGUAUGGACUUUGGCCAACAUUUACUCAUUUACAAUUACUUCAGUAACACAAGCCUAUAUGAUAUACUCCACAAUGACUGUGAUCUCAAGAGAAAACUACCAUGGAAUGCUCGGAUCCAGAUAGCACUGGAAGCUGCAAAAGCUCUUGGGUAUCUCCAUGAGGGUUGCCAACCACCUAUUGUGCAUCAAAGAUUUGAGCCAAGAAACAUCCUCAUUAAUGAUGAUCUAGCAGUCCAGGUUUCUGAAUGUGGCCUAAAUUCACUACUACCAUUGGAUUUUGUUACUCAGGAGAACAGUUCAGCCACCAAGUAGUUCCUUUGAACUCUUAACACUAAGGUAGCUAGCUGAUCACCCGACACAGACUCUGGAGCCGACAUCUGUAUGGUUGUCUGCUAGGUGGAACCUGACAAAGUAAUUCAUAUAUGUGAUAUUAAAUGUUCAGCCUGUGUCCUUGUCAAAACAUUGGUGCAUAAUAGACGCAUGAAGCACCCUUGUUUCUUUGUAGCCUUGUCCAUAAGCAAAAUCAAAUAAUCUCAACCACUUGUUUUCCAUUUAUUCGUGAUUAUCUAAAAUCCAAGCUGAGGAUUUUUAUUAUAUCGAGUAAAUAAGAAUGAGGAAGCAUGAAAAAAAUUGUAUUAUUGAUAUGUAGAGCUCUGUGGUUUUUGAAUAUGGCAAUCUACACCACAGUCCAGUUAUUUCACAUCCUGUGAUUUUAACAAAUUCUAAUGAAAGAUACAAUGAGAUUAAUUUGAUCAAAUGUCAGCAAUUAUGGUUACACUUGAUACCGAAAGAAUAGACAAAUGGAGCUUUGUUUAUUGACUUAGAAAAAUUAAGAGCAAAAUAGCUACAAAGAAGAGUUUGGUAGUUGAACAAUAUUUCUGAUGUACUGAGUAAAAUUUUUGUAGAUGUCCAGAUUCCUGAGAUAAAGAUAAUAUCCAAACUUUUGAACGAUUUGCUUUUCCUUAAAACAACAUGCAACUAGCGGUGUUUGAGUUGUUUAUG